UCUUUCUGCUGCUUGUGUUGCACUGAGCAGCACACUCGGUCUCUAUCUGUGGUGAACGAGUGAGGAGUGAUCCGAGCGCAGAACAUGGACCGACUCAAUGGGCAGGACAUUCCUCUGAACAAACUGGACGACAUAGAGGCUGCAAAAGGCGCCUCCAGAAAACCGCUUCGCCCCAUCAACAUGAAUCACUAUGCCACCAAGAAGAGUGCGGCUCAGAGUAUGCUGGACGUGGCCCUGCUGAUGGCCAACUCGUCCCAGCUGAAGACCGUCCUGUAUGUGGGACCUCAUUACCGCUUCUACAUCCCCCUCAUCGUCCUGCUGUCCUUGUCCAUCACGUUGCAGGUGGCUGUGGGGCUGCUGCUCGUCUUCAUCGUGAAGUACGAUCUGAACGACGUGAGGAAACACGCCAAGCUCAACAGGAUGAACAAUGUGGCCACGGUCUUCGUCUUCUUCACCGUCCUCAUCAACAUCUUCAUCACAGCCCUUGGCUUUGAAGGACACACUGUCAGUUCUUCAACGUCACCUUUGGUUGCAGUACCACCGCCGAAACUUACCGUGCUGCCGGGUGAACUGAAUAUAACUGGAGCCAUUUAAGCUGAAACUCAUCUUUGGACCAAAAUGAGAAUGUAUCAUAGUUCAUGUAAGCUCAAAGCCUUGUUGUUGUUGUUGUUGUUGUUGUUGUUGUGGUGGAACACUGCACAAACUCUCAAUCUCUGGUCAAAGUGUGACUGUUAUGGGCCUAAAUUCACCGGAUGGAACUAAACUUUGACGUCUGAUCUCACGGAUCUCAUGGAGCCUUUUCUUAGGGAUCGUCUGAGGCUGAAGAUGGACCACCAACUACGUGUAUCUUCAGCCAUUAAAGCUGCAGUAAGUAGGCUGGACUCACAGAGAAAUUGUUGACCCUCAGGUUAAAACCUUGCACAGACGCACUUAUUAUAAACAUGAUGAAUGACCAGAAGCAAACUCAAUCUCUGAAAUGAUUAGUUAAUGUUUUAUAGUCUUUACUGCCCGAUUCUCUGUCUGUUACCUUGCAAACGCAGUUGUUUCUCAUACCUACUCGAUGCUUUACUGCGCGUGCCUGAUGCUACGAGCUGGAGGUGGCUAUUGGAAGCUAAUGUUUCUAAAGCAAUGGCGACAUGAUUUCCCCCGUUGUUGUCCGCGCUUUGUCCAACAAAAACACCAACAAACGGCAAGAACUGCCUGGUCCGAGAGCUCCACCUUGAGCAUAAAUGAGAUUUGAAUUGGAAAGCACCUGUGCUUAUAAUAUUAGCAUGUGAUUUGACUGACUGAUGCUCGCACUGCCACGUGGAACAUUUCUCAACUAAAGCAAAGGCAACACAACUGGUCCUCGACGCAGUUCAGUAACGUGAUGCCGACACCAUUACAAAAUAAGGAGCAGCGUCUCAGUUGAUUUGCUAUGCGAGUGUCACGUUAUCAAACCUUUCCACUAAAGCUGGGGACACACUGCGAGAUGUUGGGGACAGUGGGUGUGGCUAGUUGGCACAGAAAUGUGUUGGUGUGUGAGGGGUAACACAAUCGAUGCAACCUCAGUCGCAGUCAAACAAGCAUGUUUGAAUGUUUGGAAGUGUUUGCUGAUUACCGACCCAACUGCAAACACAUGCUGCCAACAGCCAAUGCAGAAAGAGUAGGUGGGACACAAGAGAUAGACGACAGGAAGAAGCGUGGACAUAAAAACAACGUUUACCCUUUAAACUGUUGCUCUCAUGGACUCAGUCACUCUCACGAGAUCCCCAGUCUUUAAUAAGUCGUCAUAAAAAGUUGUGUGGUGUGUCUUCAGCUUAAGGGGAAACGUUUGAAUGCAUGUAUGCCGAGUAGAAGGGCCAAUAGGAGGCGCAAUCUCUCUCUCCGAACUGCCCUGUCAGUCAGGCUGGAAACGGAGGCUAGAGCAGGUGCAGGAGGCGACUUAUUGUGGAAUUAUUGAUCAAUCACACCGUUGAUAUCCAGCCUUCACCGGCUUUAAGUUAAACUCAGGAAAGCUUGACAACUAAAGACCUCAGUUUGAAGACAGUCUUUGUAAUCUGGCAAUUUUCUUCACCAAACGUCUUAAAACGUCUGUUUUUGUGUUAUAAUUUAUUGUAUUGUUUCUGUAUAAAUAUUGGUGGGACUAAACCGGUGCAUACAUGUCCUUGUACUUAAAUGUCUUACAUUAAAAAAUGACUUUUA